AUGGCUAAAUUACCGCAAAUCGAGCAACAAAAAUCCUUCAUCUACUUGCAAGAAGUUGAAACUGUAGGCCAAGAUAUUUUAACGUUAAAAGAAGAAAAACUGGAAUUGUCCAAUGCUCAAAACAAAUACAGAGAAGCCUUGAGGGCCCUCGAAAGUGUUUUCGAUCGAAAUAGUUGGAUACAAGUUGGCGCUGUUUAUAUAGAACGACCCACUGAAGAGUGUAAAGCGAUACUUCGAAAAGAAAUAGCAAAAGCAGAAGAGGACCGAAAUGAAUUGCACGAGAAAAUAAAAAGUAAGGUUCACAAGUUGAGGGAUUUGGAACACGAACCUCGAUUAGAAGGGUUCGCUUUGAAGCCAAUAUCAUUUACUGAGGCCAAGGCUUUGCAUAAAGGAUUUGGAUCUUCAUAA